AUGGCCAGGUACUUCGACGACGACCGGCAGUUCCUGGAGAUGUGGGACGAAGCCCACCACGCGGCCGCCUCCCUCCCCCGAGAGUCGACGGGGCUACCCGCGGCGCCUACCGAGCAGACAGACCUGGACACGCCCGUGGAUGACAACCCGUUCGACAGCCCAUUCGACAGUGGCAGUUCGGGAGGAAACUUCGACGGAAGCUCGUCCGAUGAUAAUAGCGUUGUCGGCGAGGGCAGGCCGUUCGACUUUCCCGCCGACAGUCUCACCGCCGACAGUCCCGCCGCCGAAAGCAGCAGCAGUAGCAGCAGCAGCGCAGACGGCAGCAACGACGAGCUAGACUCUCGCCUCGGGAGCCACCUCGGUGUGGGAGGCCACGGGCCCAAAGUCGCCGACCGCCUCGCCCUCCUCGUGGACCAAUCACCGGCGGCUGGGUCCGCCGCCGAUGUUCCGGGGACCGUUCCGCGGAAGCUUCCGUCUCUGUACUUCGGGGACCUGAGGGCCGGCGACGGCGCGGCCACGACGGCGACGAUCGAGCUCUGCCGCGAGAGGGGGGUGCAGGCGUUCUCGCUGGAGUACGCGGGGGGACGGGGGGCCGAGGAGGCCGGCAAGGGGGCUGCGGCUGCGGCGGACUACGAGCACGAGGACGUGAGUGGCCAAUCAUGA